UUUAGGUCCAACUCCAAUCGCCCACCUCCAAGCAGAGACAGAGAAGAUGGGCAAGAAGAAGAGCAACGAUGGCAGCCACCCCAGAGCCGAAACCGAGCACUGCUCCUCCACCGUCUUCGUCUCCAACUUGCCUUACUCUUUCACCAAUUCCCAGCUGGAGGAGACCUUCAGUGAUGUCGGACCGAUCCGGCGCUGCUUCAUGGUCACCAAAAAGGGUUCCACGGAGCACCGCGGUUUCGGCUUUGUGCAGUUUGCUGUGACGACGGAUGCUGAUCGCGCCCUUGAGAAGAAUGGUGUGUCUGUUGGGGGUAGGAGAAUUGCUGUUAAGCAUGCCAUGCAUCGCGCACCGUUUGAGCAACGAAGAACGAGGAAAGAUCAAGGUUCUGAAUUGGAGGAGACUACAGAUUCAAAUAAUGGCAAGGAUGGUGGCAAUGUCAAAGAGGAAAAGGGUGCUUCAAACUUGGAUACAAGAGAGAUCAAAUUGGAGAAGACCAUAAAGUCAAAUAAGGACAAGGAUGUGGGCAAAUUCAAAAAAGAAAAGGAUGCUUUAAACUUGAAGGAAAAAGAGAAAAAUGUGAAAUCCAAAAAAACAGUAACCUCUGGUAAAGAUGUGGUGGCAAAAGUGGGCGCUUCUGAAAAGCAAAGGGUUGCUAGGACUGUUGUAUUUGGUGGCCUUAUCAAUGCUGGUAUGGCAGAAGAUGUUCAUCGCCAAGCCAGGGAGGUUGGCGAUGUGUGUUCGAUAACAUAUCCUUUUCCCAAAGAAGAGCUUCAACAACACGGUCUUGUACAAGAUGGAUGUAAAAUGGAUGCUUCAGCUGUACUUUACAACAGUGUUAAAUCAGCUCAUGCUUCUGUUGCAAUGUUACACCAAAAGGAAAUAAAAGGAGGAAUUGUCUGGGCACGUCAACUUGGUGGGGAGGGUUCCAAGACUCGGAAGUGGAAGCUCAUUGUUAGGAAUCUUCCUUUCAAGGCCAAAGUCAGUGAUAUCAAAGAUAUGUUUUCAUCUGCAGGAUUUGUCUGGGAUGUUUAUAUACCACAGAAUUCUGAUACAGGGUUGUCUAAAGGUUUUGCAUUUGUCAAAUUCACACGCAAACAAGAUGCAGAAAAUGCAAUACAAAAGUUCAAUGGACAAAAACUUCUUAAAAGACCAAUAGCUGUGGACUGGGCUGUUUCAAAGCAGAUAUAUGGUAGUGGCAAUGACGCCCUUCUUGUUUCAGAAGAUGGAGAAAAGGAUGGAAGAGAUGGAGGAAAUGAUAGCAGCGGUGAUGAUUUUGAGGGGGAUGCUGGAGAUGCAUGUAAAAAAUCCCAAAACCUUGAUGAGAUUGACAGUGCUUCAGAUGACUCUAAUACUUCAGAGAUGAACCCUACUGAAAAUAAUUUUGAGGAGGAAGCAGACAUAGCAAGAAAAGUUCUCAAAAACUUGACCACUCUCUCUGAAAUUGUAACUAGUGUUGAUAAUUCUGCCUUGCCCAAAUGGAACAAUGAGCAGACUAUUGAUUUUGAGGAGGAAUCAGACAUUGCCAGAAAAGUUUUAAAAAAGUUUACCAUGUCCUCUGGUACAGUAACUGCUGUUGAUGAUUCUGCAUUGCCCAGAAGAGACGAGGAGCCAACUAUUGAAGAAUCUGCUAAUGAGCCAAGUAAAUUAGCUCCAGAGACUCUGUCUGAUAAAUUAUCUUCUGAAGGUGCUAGUGCAUCAGAUGUUGCUAAACCACAAACUGAAGAAGAAGAUGAUUUGCAUAGAACAAUUUUCAUCAGCAACCUUCUUUUUGAGAUCACUAAUGAUGAAGUCAAACAACGGUUUUCUGCUUUUGGGCAAGUGCAAUCUUUUGUCCCAGUCCUUCAUCCACUUACCAAGCGACCAAAAGGAACAGGCUUUCUGAAGUUUAAGACAGUAGAGGCAGUGAAUUCUGCUGUUUCAGCUGGUAGCGCUGCAUCUGGCUUGGGAAUUUUUCUCAAGGGUAGACAACUGACAGUUUUCCAGGCUUUGGAUAGAAAAUCAGCUCACGAGAAGGAAGAAAAUAUGGCAAAGAAGGAGGAUAUAGACCAGCGCAAUCUUUAUCUGGCAAAGGAAGGUCUUAUUCUUUCUGGAACUCCAGCCGCAGAAGGGGUUUCAACUACUGAUAUGUCAAAACGCCAAAUGUUGGAGAGGAGCAAGGCCAUGAAGCUUAAAUCUCCAAAUUUUCAUGUUUCGAAAACAAGAUUAGUUAUGUACAAUUUGCCAAAGUCCAUGACUGAAAAGCAGCUUAAGAAACUUUGUAUGGACGCUGUAACCUCACGAGCUAAGCUACAAAAACCAGUGAUUCGACAGAUAAAGUGCUUGAAGGAUGUGAAAAAGGGAAAGAUUGUCACAAAGAAUCACUCUCGUGGUGUUGCUUUCAUUGAGUUUACAGAGCAUCAGCAUGCACUUGUGGCUUUGAGAGUUCUUAACAACAAUCCUGAAACUUUUGGUCCAGAACAUCGUCCAAUUGUGGAGUUUGCAAUUGAUAAUGUCCAGAAACUGAGAGCACGUCAGGUUUCACAACAAACUCAGCAGCAUGGCCAUCAGAAAGAGGUGCGGAAAUUUGAUCCCUCAAAUAGAGCAGAUGCCCAACCUGGUAAGAAGUUUGAAAAAGGGGGAGACAAAGGUGACAAGCGGAAACUGGAUGAGGUAUUUCCAAAUAAAGAAGGUGAAGUGGAAAAUAGGGCAAGUGAUGGAGCUGCCACUGAAAGGCAGAGAUUUCCUAAGAGGCAGAAGAAUGGGUCAGAUAAAAAAGCAGAAAAGAUAUCAUCAACAGAACUGGGAGGCUCAUCAGUGGAAGCCUUAAAACGUAAAAGCCAACAUCCGGAUGGCAGGAAGGCUGGUGGUAGCAGAUCGUUUGAGAAUGAAAUCAAGGCAGUUGAUGCGACCACAUCAGCAUCUUUGAGAAAGACGAAUGUGGAACCUAAGAAGAGGAAGCUGCAGGAGCAAAAUUACAUGCAGGGAGGAGAGAACAUGACGAGACGGCGGCCAAAGAAUAAGGACCCAAUAGGGCGCGAUGUUACAGAUAAACUCGACCUGCUGAUUGAAAAAUAUAGAUCCACGUUCUCACAUCAGAACUCCUUCCAAAAAGGUGGCGGAAGCAUUAGAAAAUGGAUCGAUUAAUUGUGAGUCAAUUAUUUUAAAUUCCAUGAUGAAUGUCUUAUCAGUUUAGAAAGCAACUGCUAUAAAUUGUGUUUGUUAAGUUUUGACAAUACUGAUUGAGAUGUAAUCUGUUAUAUGCUCCAUUCUCACUGUCAACAUUAUUUCAAGCCCUUUUUGUUUAGGCCACGGCCACCUUGAGGCCUAGGACAUUUGCGCACGUGUGUUAUGUAGUGCCCAAAACAGGAAAAUAACGCUCCAUCUGAUCCUUGGGACAUUUGUAUGCCAAAAUGUUGGCCAUUUCUAUCCAAUCGAUGAACCAGUUGUAGAGGAA